AUGAGAGAUCAACCACCUGAUCUUGGUAAACGAAUAUAUCGUUGUUAUCAUCUUAGAGUGGACUCUUAUCGAUCACCUCAUAAGGAUAUGCAGCCUCAAGCUACUGUUCCUAUCAUACCCAUCGAGCCUCGACAUGGGGAAGUGCGACUCUCCCUCUCACACUCACUACCACCGAUACCAACCCAUGUGCUUUCACAUGCACAAACCUCAGCUACCGCCGCGCAGCGUGAACCACCCAGAGAUCCAAGAAGAUUGAGAGCACACUCUACGAAAGCGAGCACUUCAGAUCUGGGUAGACCUAGAGAAUGGGGAGAUAGGUACAGAAGGAUCGGUACAGGUCGAUUAUAA